AUGGCGAUUGGGAAAGGUCAGAUAGCUGGAUCAGGCAGCACCUCCAAAGUUCAGGCUAUGCACGGGCGCCUGUUCACUAACAAGCGCUCGAAGAAAAUCCAACUUAUACCGGCACUUCCGUCGCCCAAGAAGCCGCCGCCAUCCCCACCCAAGAGGAAACAAAAGAUCUCAUUCCAGCCCGCUGCCGUCGAGCAAGGCGAAUUUGUACAGAUUCAGCGAAAUAUACAGAGUUCAGCCAACGCGAAUCGGUCAAAGGAUUCAAACGACUAUAUGGCCGAAUGGAUUCCAAAGGUCCGCGCCUACCUUAGCCAUAUCGUUGGACGGGAGGCUUCCCCUACCGUCCGUACCUGCUCAAGGUGCUACACGAACGAAUCCCCGACAUGGUGGCGUUGUAAAGAGUGUCUAGGGACUCCGCUUUUCUGUCACCUCUGCUCUGGCGACGCGCAUAUGGAAGCACCUUUCCACAGAGUAGAGACCCUAGAGAACGGCUUUUUCCUGUCUUCGUGGCUCUGGCAAUGCGGGGUAGUCGUCGAUCUGUGCCCUAAUAAAAAGUGCAGCGAUUCCGUGCAUCAAUCCGACAUGGAGGAAUCUGGCGACGAGUUAAAUGAUCCAGAGCGAGACUGGUUUGACACCGACGAUUUCACCUUCGGCGCUCGGCCCCAGGGACGAUACCAUCGAGGCAACCGUGUCCUUGUUUUUGUCCAUACAAACGGAGUACACCACCUACCCGUUCACUUCUGCUUGUGCGACAAUGCUCCUGGUGAAGAAUUCCAACUUCUCUCCUUCGGUUUCUAUCCAGCAACGUCGAGAAACGUCAGAACAGUGUUCACGUUUCCUUUGCUCGACGACUACCUCCUUCAAACUUUGGAGUGCUUCACAUCUACCCACCACUUCUUCACCAAACUCCGUCGCAUCACCAACGAGCCAUUUCCAGCUACAGUCCCUGACAGAACUAGGGAGCUGAGACGUGUUGGGCGCCAAUGGAGGCGCCUAAAGGAACUCAAGCGGAGUGGGUUUUCUCACGUGGAUCGUGCUCCGGGGAAAGGCGAACUCGCACUAUUUUGUGCAGCGUGUCCACAGCCGGGUGUUAAUCUACCGCCUAACUGGAAGGAUGACCCCGAGCAAUGGAAAUUCACGCGAAGUUUCGUCGCCGAUGGUAACUUCACAUGUAUCCAUCGAAGGCUGCGCACUCCGGAGGACUCAGAUGUCUCGCUGAAGGAUGGAGAGGGAUAUAUCACGGAGAAAACAUCUUACGCAAAGCAUUUGGCGACGUCUACAGAAACAACGGAGCCCCCGACGUGUCACGAACAUCGGGCAAUCGCCGACAAGUCCAGGCUGAGGAAAGGCCUUGACGUGACAGGCAUUGGAGCCAUCGCCUGCAUGCGACAUGGAGCGUUUGCUCCAGGCAGUGUCGUCGACUUCCAGAAAGGGGAAAGGCACAUCAACAUGGAUUACGCCCUCUCGGAGGCGCUGAAGCUUACCGUUUCAGACGAAAUAUCAAAGGUCCUCUUUGUUUACGAUAUUAACUGCCAGUACAGCAAACACCUUCUCAAACGCCUGCGAGAAGGGGAGUUUCUCACUCUCCGUGAGGACCUCGUAUUUGUUCAUGGCAUUGGACUAUUCCACGUACAUGGGCACCAGGAGUCGUGCCAUGCGCGUUACUCCUUGACCUUCAUCGAAGGGGCUGGGGUGUCGUCAGGCGAGAUCCUUGAAUCGCUUUGGGCUGUCGUGAACGAGGUGGCCCGAGCAACCUCGACCAUGUCGCUCGCACAUCGCACAGAGGUUCUGGACGCCAUCCUUGGUGAUAUUAAUUGGAAGAAGUUAAUCCAACUUGUACCAACAACUUGCAAGAACUGGCUCAACUGUCGGAUACAGCUGAGCGAUGCUCGCGAGGCGUUUGAACUUCUAAAUGAGACCGCAACCCCUGAACAACGAGCGAGGUGGAAGGAGGAGCUGGACGAGGCGCAAAGGAACAGGCUCAAUGACGUCUCCAGCAUGGACAUCCUAAACCCCAAGAUUAACAAACCCCCCACUAUGGCCAAGGUGCGCACCAACCUAAUGGAAAAGGAGAAACAGAUGGGCGCCGGAAUCGGCGUAACGUCCUGGAUUGCCUUUGGUAUAAAAAUACAACAGGCUCAAAUGCGCCUCAAAUCUUUUAUACGCACCUUGCCCAAGAACAAGACCGACGAGCAAGAACUCGAGAUAUCGAAGAGGCGAGAGCAGAUUUACGCCGAUAUUAACAGUUUCUAUGAGACGGCGUCUUCUCUAUUCCCGGAAGGUGACUUGACUAGCCUCAAACUCGAUGAGCCUCCCCCGAACCCCAUCACCCUCGACGAUGACUACGACUCGGACGAGGAAAUCGAGGAUGACAACCCGUUCUCGCUCGCACAGAACCAGAUCGAGGAUGUGAAGAUACCUUUGCCGUCUUCCGCAUCCACAAUCGAAUCAGUGGGAUCCUUUUCCCUGCAGGGCCUCCGUCUUGCUCAGGAGAAGGAGUUGAAAUUGCGCAUCGCCCAAGCGGACGAUGCAUUAGAGGCUGUCCGGGUAGAGAUUGGCCAUAAAUCUUACCUCUACCGUUCCAACAUUCGCUUGGCAGAAGGCAAGAAACAAAAAACGCGCGGUUAUACGGCAGUCAAGUCGGUCAACAGAAGUAUUCGAGACCACGUUCGCUCCUACAACCAAGCGCGAUGGGCAAUGCAUCGUCUUGGAGCCGACGACACUCUCAAGCUGCGCUAUCGCGCCAUCAAGCCGGAGGACACCAGAGCUGUUACUGCAAUCUACAAGCCGAACGCUCGAGGUGAACGUAACAAGCCGCUCCCAUGGAUCUGGAACAUGGACGUUGCUGGCGACUCGACCAAAUCCGAGUAUCUCGAGGAACUCUAUAGGGUCAACUGGCUACGUGCCCGCUCGCGUCUGGAUAGGUGGAGGGAGGAGUAUACCCUUCUAUCUUCUGAGAUGCACUGGAUACUCAAUUUCUUCGAAGCGAAGCAGAGAGACUGUAGGUCGUGGGCACAAGCUGUUCCUGAAUCUCCAGGACAUGUCGCCUACGCCAAACGACAGGAGAACAUGUGGAGACUAAUGUAUGUUCAAGCCGAGAAACUUUUCACGAAGACGCGUAAUUCGGUAGAAUAG